AUGUUCAUGAAGACUUUCCUCCUCUUAGCCUUAGGCGUUCAAGCUCUAUCCCUUCCCGGUACCGACGAAGCCCUCGAAAAACGCUCGUCUCGCGCCUGGAUCGGCUCUUUUGACAGCGACGACACAACCUGUUCCAAUACCUCCGUGUUCCAAGACAACUCAGCAUUGCCCCAUGCCGCAUGCGUGCCAUUUCGGCUCCAGGGUGGUAGAGUGGGCGGCCGCUGGGGCAGUGGUAAACAUGAAAUCAACGUCAUACAGGCUUUCGAGGACACUGGUUGUCAGGAAGCCCAAAUAUCUGGAUCUGGUUAUACCGACACUGAAAUCGAUGCCUAUACUGAUGCCGAUAGCUAUGCCCAUACUGAUGGCGACACCGACACCGACACCGAGAACUCUAGCAUAGAUGACCCAUGGCCUAAGGCCACGAUUAGGCUGGCACACUUCUCUGUCAAAGAGUACCUGGUCUCGGACAGGAUCCGGCAUGGAUCCGCAAGUGACUUUGGCCUACAAGAGAUUGACUCCAACGAAUCUAUGGCUGAAUAUUGUCUUGCAUACCUUCUAUACAUUAUCAAACUAGAAGUUCUGACAUCUGUGAGCCUUAGCGAGUACCCUCUAGCUCAAUAUGCCAUGGCAUAUUGGUUUGAACAUGUUCGAAUCGCCCCGAGCAACACGAGCUCAGCGCUUCCGCUCGCUCAAGAGCUGUAUCUGUCAAAGAAAGACUCGCUCGUCAAAUGGAUUCGGCUCUAUGAUGCGGACCCCCCUGGCCACUGGGGACCAAUCCGUAUCUUAAGCUCGGGGGAAGAAUCGCAACACAUUGGUCUUCCAAUGUAUUACGCAUCGUUGCUUGGCCUGCUCGAGUGA